UUCUCUGCCACCAAUCAUGGAUCUUCUUCUCUUAGAGAAGACCCUUUUGGGAGUAUUUGCAGCCAUUGUUGUGGCUACUGUUAUUUCUAAACUUCGCGGGAGGCGUUUCAAGCUCCCACCGGGGCCCAUCCCAGUUCCCGUCUUCGGGAACUGGUUGCAAGUCGGAGAUGAUUUGAACCACCGGAAUCUCACCGAGUACGCCAAGAAAUUUGGCGAUAUCUUCCUCCUCAGAAUGGGUCAGAGGAACCUUGUUGUGGUUUCCUCCCCUGACCUCGCCAAGGAAGUCUUGCACACUCAGGGAGUGGAGUUCGGUUCCCGGACUAGAAAUGUUGUGUUUGAUAUCUUCACCGGAGAAGGGCAAGAUAUGGUGUUUACCGUUUACGGUGAGCAUUGGAGGAAGAUGAGGAGAAUCAUGACGGUUCCCUUUUUCACUAAUAAAGUUGUUCAGCAGUAUAGGUAUGGUUGGGAGGAUGAGGCUGCUGCAGUUGUGGAGGAUGUGAAGAAGAAUCCAGAAUCUGCAACUAAUGGGAUUGUUUUGAGGAGGAGGUUGCAAUUGAUGAUGUACAACAACAUGUACAGGAUUAUGUUUGAUUAUAGGUUUGAGAGUGAGGAUGAUCCUCUGUUUAACAAGCUUAAGGCUUUGAAUGGGGAGAGGAGCAGACUGGCCCAGAGCUUUGAGUAUAAUUAUGGUGAUUUCAUUCCAAUCUUGAGGCCCUUCUUGAGGGGUUAUUUGAGGAUCUGCAAGGAAGUUAAAGAGAGAAGGUUGCAAUUGUUCAAGGACCAUUUCGUCAACGAAAGGAAGAAGCUUUCAAGCACAAAAAGUUCGGAUAGCAAAAGCUUGAAGUGCGCCAUCGAUCAUAUCCUUGAAGCUCAGCAGAAGGGUGAAAUCAACGAGGACAAUGUCCUUUACAUUGUCGAGAACAUCAAUGUUGCUGCAAUUGAAACAACACUAUGGUCAAUCGAAUGGGGUAUUGCGGAACUUGUUAACCACCCUGAUGUUCAGAGGAAACUACGUGAAGAACUCGAUACUGUCCUUGGACCUGGCGUCCAGGUUACUGAACCCGAUACUCACAAGCUUCCAUACCUUCAGGCUGUGAUCAAGGAGACCCUCCGUUUAAGAAUGGCAAUCCCUCUUCUGGUGCCUCACAUGAACCUUCACGACGCCAAGCUUGGAGGUUAUGAUAUUCCAGCCGAGAGCAAGAUUUUGGUCAAUGCUUGGUAUCUUGCAAACAACCCUGAGCAAUGGAAAAAGCCCGAGGAAUUCCGACCUGAGAGAUUCCUGGAAGAGGAGGCAAAGGUCGAGGCCAAUGGCAACGACUUCCGAUACCUUCCAUUCGGAGUUGGCAGGAGAAGCUGCCCUGGAAUCAUUCUUGCAUUGCCAAUCCUCGGCAUCACUCUGGGACGUCUGGUACAGAACUUCGAGCUGUUGCCUCCUCCUGGCCAAUCAAAGAUCGACACUUCGGAGAAAGGUGGACAAUUCAGUUUGCACAUUUUGAAGCAUUCCACCAUCGUUUUGAAGCCAAGAUCUUUGUAAUGUGAUCUCCUUCUGUUUGGUGUGAUGUUGGGCAUACUGCAAAUCAACGGUCUAGGCUGUUUAGUGUGCAUCUCUUUUGUAUGUGUACCAAAAUGUUGCAAUCUUUGUUAUUAUGAUGAAAGAUUUAUCUUUACCAAAUAUUUCUUCAUGGUUUUCGGACUAUGUUACCUUGAAAUUAGAUUGGCUUAUGGUUUACUUCAUUCUUCCUCCAACCAAGCUUCACUUGUUGAAAAAUGGAAAUGGGUUUAACCUCCUCACCUAAUAGUGAGGUGACCAAAUUAAGGAUUCCCCAACAGACACAUUGGUAGAGUUUUCAUCCACAGAUCAAAAUGUCAAAUACCUCUUAAGUCCAACCAACCAAUCUGUUAACUCACCAACCCACCUACUACACCCACCAUUGCCACCUAAUCUGACCACGGACCAAAAUGCAACCUUUAAUGUGAUUGAUAAACUUCUAAUAAUUUGUAACCUUUUUUUUUCAAAUCAUCUGCGCUUUCAAAUGUAUGAUGGACCAGUUAUAUUUCUAAACCUCCAUAACCCAGUUCCUUCAACUUACAUGUCUCAACAUUCCUUGUGGGCUUAUCAUUAGCUUUCUGAUGUUCCUUUUUAGAUAGAUUUUUAUGAUCUUGAAUUCCAGUGUUCUUUUAACAUAGAUUGAUUUCGAGCUUCAUCAGUUAUUAGUGUUAAUAUAGCAUUUUUGUGGGUUACUAUUCCAUUAAUAUUCCCAAACCGAAAAGCUUUUGUCGUUCUUACUCAAAACACAGGGGCCACAAGGGCAGCAUGAAAAUUUUGUUUCAAGAAGUUAGGAUGGUUGAGAACAGCAAAUUCAUUUACAAGAGAUCUAUGAAAUUCUUUGAGAAACAAAUCAGGGUUCAAUAAGAAAUCAGUAUUAAAUGGGUAAAAAGGAGAGUGAGAUGUGGAUCUAAUCCAGGCCCCCAAAUCAGUAACAUCAGAGGGAGCAGACAUGACGACCCUGGAAAUUCAUUCUCUGUGCACAUUACCAUGCUUCCUUCAUCCUUUAUAUUAUCCAGAGCAUCGGCUUAUUGUACACAGGAUUCGACUUUCAAAAACAAGCAACAAUUCGAAAACAGUACUUUCAAUUGCAAAACUAAAUUACCACCAAAAUAAAAAAGAAGAUCAUAGAGAAAAAGAAACAAAAAGUUUCAAUAGAUUUGAACAUCCGACUAUUGAAAAAACGCUAAGCGUAAAGCAGCUGCAAAGACUUAUCC